UCACUUUGGUUCUGUGCAGAAGUCUCCACUACAGCUGGGUCUUUUCAAACCCUAAAAAAGAAAAAUCGGCAAGUGGUGUUGGAAUAAAGAAGACUGUUUAUUUUUCCUCACAAGGACAGUAUUCAACCUGAGAAACCGUACAGGUACUAAAUAGAAGCAACAUGAAGAGUCACCGGGAGAUCUUUUUUAAGUCUCUUUUCUUAAUCCACAUGUCUGUGGUCUACUUCUUCACUGCAGUGGACGGCCAGUCAGAUAGCAGCAGCAGCAGCGUUGUGGUAGCUGGCUACAAUGUGAGCGCCCCGGCUGGCUCCGUCGUGACGUUACAAUGCGUCAGUGGCCGCAUGGUGUGGACAAGAGACAACCUUAGGGACAGACAGAGGGUAGUCCACUGGGACGUGUUCCGGCCCUACGUGGACGACGGCAUGGAGAGAGUGCUGGACAUGUACUCUGCUGGAGAGCAGAGAAUAUACAACUCCUACAACCUGAAAAGAGUCGGCCUCAGUCAGAAAGCCUUCAAGGAUGGAAACUUCUCACUGGUCAUCAAAGAUGUGACAAUGAACGACAAAGGCCUGUACUCUUGUAACCUCCACCACCUCUACUGCCACUUGUACGAGACGGUCCGAGUGCAACUGAACGUCACCAAAUCCCGUCGUAAAGAGCAGAGCUACUGGGAUGGCCACAAAGCGGUGUACGUGGUGCUAGUGGGGAGCACUGUGGUGCUGCCGUGCAUCAACAGGAAAAACGUGUGGACAGACUGGGGCAAUGAAGAGGAGAAUCAGCAGGUGGUCCACUGGGACCGUCAGUCCCCGGGAAUCUACCACGAUCGUGCAGACCGUUUGGUGGAUCUGUACGCCUCAGGGGAGCAGCGUAGCUACGGACCCUCGUUCCUCCAAAGGAAGAUGAACAUCAGCAACCAGGCCUUCUCAGAGGGAGACUUUUCACUCACCAUAUCUGAUUUACAGGUCACUGACCAAGGGAUGUACUCGUGUCACCUUCAUCAUCAUUACUGUGGUUUACAUGAGAGGAGACAGUUUCAGGUCACCGUGGAACCACCGGUGAUUCACGCCACCAUCCCAGCUAAAGCAUUGCCCAGUGCUGACAAAGAUGCCAACAAAGUGGAGUCACCGCGAGUCAUCAACGUCGUCCUUCCUGACCACAGACAGCACUUUCUUCUGCCUCUGGGCUUCGUCCUCACCGCCUUUCUCCUUCUGGCGUUUGUCGUCCUCAUCAUCAUCCUCAUCACACGCAGACGUAGAACAACAGAGUUAUACUCAGUGGGAUCCACAAGGUCCAACCGAAGUCGAUGCAGCUCAGAUGAGUUUGAGAUGGAAGUUGCAGAGACAUCGCUGCCCAUCCGGGAGCCGGAUGACAGACUCGACUUUAAGAACAACCUGCUGAAGGAGGUCAACAUGAGCACACAGAGGAAAGUCAUUGAUCUGGAUGAAGAAAUGCAGAAGUGUCGCAAGUGAGAGAAGUGACUAUCGGGUCACUGGCUGGUCCAGAGGCUGCUCGUCACGCCCACACUGAUGGGAGUUUUGGCAGGGGAGACUCCAUAGAGAUGCGUGUGUGUCCAAGCCCUCAUGUUUUCUCAAGGCACAAACAAAAACAGUGAAUGAAUGUUUUGUUCAUCAUGUCACGUCAAGCCGUGAUACUACAAGGCACCAUAGUGCCACCUUGUGGUUGUUAAAUGUAGGUGCAAUACUGUAUUUUAAAUGACGCCUGACUCAGUUGUAAAUAGCGAAUCUAUUACAGCUUUGAUGUAUUUGUCAAACUUACAUUCUACUGUUGCUUUAUUUUCUCUGGACUAAAGCAACAUCUUAUAGCGGAUACUGCUCUUCCAAAAUGUUGUUCACGUUACGGAAGUAGUUACAUGCCUGCAUUAUCAUGCUUCAUUUGUGAAUUGUUUUGAACAUGUAUUAAAACAUUUUUGUCUA